ACUGAGGGGCGCAUGUAUAAAUUGACCCGGAGUGAAGCUGAGGUCCUCAAUAAAAAGCCGUCCUGCACAGAGGCACAAUGAAGGGGGAACUUUCUCUCAACAUGGUAACUGCUGCAACCACGAUGGGCUCAGUGAAAUCAGCUGUACUGUCUGUUCUUCUGUUGUCUUUUAUUCUUUACGUAGUUGAUUCUUACCCCAGCAUGGACUUAUCAAACAUGGGCUGUGAGGAGUGCACACUGAGAAAGAACAGUGUUUUCUCCAGGGAUCGUCCGGUCUAUCAGUGCAUGGGCUGCUGCUUCUCCAGAGCGUACCCAACUCCUCUCAAGGCCAUGAAGACGAUGACGAUCCCGAAGAACAUCACCUCGGAGGCCACAUGCUGUGUCGCAAAGCACAGCUACGAGACAGAGGUGGCCGGCAUAAAGGUGCGAAACCACACAGACUGCCACUGCAGCACCUGCUAUUUUCAUAAGAUAUGACAGAUGGGAACUGGAGACCAUUCUGCAGCCCUCAGCUUAGCAACAAAUUGUGCUUCUUUUAAUAUGCAUGAGCUCUUCUCUUUUAAAAUGUAUUUUCUUGUGUUGCCAGAUAAUAUUUUUGUAGCAAUUCUGUGUCUGUGAUGUGUAAUUAGCCUACAUUCUGGCAUUGAUAGAGAUGUGUGAUUAAUUGUAGAUUGAAAAGCAAUUAAAAUGUGCACCCAGAUGUUGCACUUUCAUGAA